AGUUGUGUAAAAUAAAAGUAAUAAGCUUGGAAAUAAAUAAAAAGAAAAGAAGACAGCAUGGCAUUCACACUCGACAAAUUCUUAUUUUGCCUUGAACUUCAAUUGGCGGGAAUCAUCUGUGCAUGGUGGGGUAUGAUAAUUUCAGCCCUAUCAGUCAUCAGUAUCAUCGCUGGAUUAUUAUUUGACAGAGGAAAUUUUGCCACAUUCCUGCCAUUCCAUGUCAAUGUUGGCGGUGCUUUCGUUAGUGCUGUUAUUAUGCUGAUUAUCUGCCUUAUUUAUUUCUAUUAUUCAUAUCAACUUCUCUUGGGAUCAAAUAAUGGAAAUGCAUCACAAAUGUUCGGCUAUUUGAUAAUCCAUGCGAUUGUCAUUAUUUUCUUCAUUUUGAUGAUGUUCAAAAAUGCCUUCUCAAUAUUGGGCGUGAUUGUCUAUUGCUACUUAUGGUUCUGUGUAUAUUCACUUUAUGUCAGAACCGGAGGAACUGGAAUCGUUUAAAUAUCAUUUACGUCAUCAAACAUCCAUAAAUAAAUUCUCUUAAGGCAUGCUGUGGAUUAUCACGUUUUGUUUUGACCAAAAUAUUCGCGACUUGAAUGAAUUUCAUUUUCAAAGUGUUCCAAAAAAGAAGUUCAAAGCUUUAUAGUCGGCAUAAACGUGAUCAUUUGAACAAUUUAUGUCUUGUUCUUUGAAUACAAAUUUUAAUAAUUGGACGUCCUUAUAUCUCUUGCAAUUCAUAA